AUGGCGGCGCCUAACCGGCAUCCACCCUCGACAUCGAGGCGGCCGCAGGCUGCGGAGCCCGAUCUGGAGGUCGACGAGGUCAUUGGCGAUUUCAGACGAGGCAAAGAGAUUGGGAAAGGAAGCUUCGCAACUGUCUAUCUCGCUCAACAUCGGGUGCGUGGCCCCUCAGCCUUUCCACUCUUGCAAGGCCACUGCCAUGCCGCCGCGCCAAUGCUGCGCUGUUUCAGCAAACGAGUUUCAAGUUGCGUGAUAUGCUAACUGGUGAGCUCAACAGAAGAAGAAGUCAUACGCAGCCGUCAAGGCCGUGCAGAACUCAAAGCUGUCUAAGAAACUGCGCGAGAAUCUGCAAGGCGAGAUCAACAUCCUGCAGAGGCUCCGUCACCCACACAUCGUCCAAUUGUUCGUCUGCACACAGACUUCGACUCAUGUCCAUCUCGUAAUGGAAUACUGUCAACUGGCGGACCUCUCGCAAUUCAUGAAGAAGCGUCACAGCCUGCCCAACUUUCCCGAGACGGCAGACAUCUUCGAGAAGUAUCCGAAUCCCGAACAUGGCGGUCUCCACGAAGUCAUCUCGCGUCACUUUAUCAAGCAGAUCGUCAGUGCUCUGCUGUAUCUUCGAGAGAAUGGCUUCAUCCAUCGAGACAUCAAGCCGCAGAACUUACUCCUCAACCCAGCGCCACUUUACAUGUCGAAGCAGAGACCAGAAGAUAUCCCCUUAGCAGCCAGUGCCAACUCACUGGAUCCAGUGGUGGGCGUGGCAUCGCUACCCAUGGUCAAGAUUGCCGACUUCGGCUUUGCUCGCCACCUGAAGCCCACAGACAUGGCCGAGACCCUUUGUGGCUCUCCCCUUUACAUGGCACCUGAGAUCCUCCGCUAUGAGAAGUAUGACGCCCGAAUCGACCUGUGGUCUACUGGUACCGUGCUUCAUGAACUGGUCGUCGGGAAGCCGCCAUUCAGAGCCAGUAAUCACGUGGAACUAUUGAGGAAGAUCGAAAAGGCCAACGACGUCAUUCCCUUCUCUCGCGACAUUGCAGUAAGCCGUCCAAUGAAAGAGUUGAUUCGAAAGUUGCUCAAGAAGAACCCGCUGGAGCGUGUUCCUUAUGAAGAGCUGGGCAAGGACCAAGUCAUUGUCGAAGAAAUUCCGGGUCUGGUUGGUGAAGACAGGAAGCAGCAAAAGGGAAUCUCGAUCGAAACUGCGGAGCUGUCAGAAAUGACCCGCAAAAUGGCCAAGGCAACGGAGGGCGUAGAAGCUUCAAGCACGCCACCUGAGCCACGAGUGCAUCCGAAGCCUUCUCGCGAGUCCAUUGCUGGACAGUCAAGUAGGGCUGCAGAGCAGGGUACGAUACAGCGUCGUGCUGAGGAAAUGCCGCGUCGAAAGUCUUCAGCCGGCAAUCAGAAUCCGCUAGAAGCAGCAUCGAAGGAUGACCGGAGGCAGACCUCCCACCGUGAGCCUCGGAGGCCGAGCAUUGUUGCACACAUCACGGCACCGGGACGUCAGGAACUCCAUCAGCAACAGCAAGCUCCGCCGAAUGCUCCCGGCCCACGCAUGGAACGUCGCGCGAGCCGCUCGUCACCACUUGCAGGGCCGCCGCUUGUUCGCGAGCCGACGUUCGAGGACGACAAAGUGAGCAAUGAGCGGACCCGCAAGGAAGCGAAGGAGCGAACUCAGCAAGAUCUCACUUUCGAGAAAGAGUAUGUGGUCAUUGAGAAGCGGGCAGUUGAAGUCAAUGCGUUUGCAGACGAGCUUGACGCCCUUCAUGGACGCAGUGCACCUCCUGCGAGCCAAGGUGCCAUGGUUCGGCGUGCAACCACUCAAGGGCAGCCAAGUUCUCUCACAGGUGCUCAUCCGUCGAGCCCAUCUCGUGCCAUGCAAGUAGUAUCUGGUCGUGGUGCGCCGACCCAUCAGCGAGCUGGAUCAUUCGAACGGCGAUACGCUCCAUCACCACAGUCCGCAACCAACAUGCUCACAAAGGCACUCAAUGCUGCCAACGUACGUCUGUUUGGCGCCCUGGGCACAUCUCCACCUCUUGGCAGGGGUCCGUCGCCUCCGCAUGGAUACGGGGCAUUCCCUGCGUAUCCAGCUCCACAGGGCAAGUUGGCUAUCGGCGGUGGCACAGAGAUCAAGGCACCCAUGGACGAAGACACUAAAAUUGUGCGCACCAUGGAAGAUGCGGCUCAUCGUAGCGAUGUCAUCUUUGGGUUUGCCGAAGUCAAGUACCGCCAACUUCUUCCUGCUACGCCGUCUUCACAAGACACGCUAGGCAUACAACAGAUUGGCGCUGCGGAGGUCUCUGGUGAUGGCGAGGAGGAUGAGAAGGACAUGACUACCGUAGCCAUCGUCGGUGUUGCCGAGGAGGCUCUCGUGCUCUACGUGAAGGCACUCGCCAUUCUGACGAAGACUAUUGAUCUCGCCAGCAGCUGGUGGAAUAAGCAAAAUCGCGGCGAUGGCGUCACUCCUGACCUCUCGUCGACAUCGACGUCCGGAGUUGGUAUGCGCAUCUUGAAUAUUGUCAAGUGGUCCCGUGCGCGCUUCAACGAGUGCUUGGAGAAGUCCGAAGUUGUUGGACGUCGCCUUCAACAAGCCCAGAGGCAGCUGCCAGAAGACCACCCAAGCCACCCAAACAAUCACGCGACUUCAUCCAGCGGCAUCACUACCUCAGUAGAGCAAAUCCGCAUCACCAGUGGGAUCACGGCCGAGAAGCUGAUGUUCGACCGAGCAGUAGAGAUGAGCCGUACGUCUGCUAUACGAGAACUCGUCGGCGAGGAGCUGCCGGACUGCGAGCUAGGCUACAAGACGGCGAUCAUGCUGCUUGAGGCAGUGCUUGAGAAUGACGAUGAGCCCCUCAUGCGGAAGCCGAACUCUAAGAAGGAGAAGCCUGCUGACGAGAUCAUCAACGGCAUGGAGACGGAGGAUCGACAGACGGUGCUCAAGCGUAUGUUUCCUAUUUUGACCACAUUUGACUUCACGCUAACCAAUUCUGACAGUCAUUGAGGGAGCGCGGGCUCGUCUGCAUCAGCUACGCAAGAAGAUUCUUGCUGCCCAGGAGAGUGUUAAGCGAGCUCCUGCGAGUGGCAGCUCCACCCCUAAGCCGCCUCAGCCUUCACCAACUCCGGCAUCGCCGACGAUUGCGAACACCCCACCAGGGUGA